UUAUGGUGAGUUAGAGAAGAGAAGAGCCUAGAGGAGCCAGUCAGGUGUGAGGGGCGGAGGAGAACUGACUGUAGGCGCCCUUGGAACCCACUGAGCUGUAAGGACACACACACCACGGACAUGUACGAGGAUUACGUGGCUCUGAGUGACGAGGACAGCGAGGAGGACGCCCACGGACACGCCCACAGACAGCCGCCCGAGUUACAGGGGACAGUGUCAAAAUGGACCAACUACAUCCACGGCUGGCAGAACCGCUACAUGGUGCUGAAGGAUGGCACCAUGAGCUAUUACCGCAACCAGAACGAGACGGCUUUCGGGUGUCGUGGCUCCAUCAGCGUCAAGAAGGCACAUGUCAGGCCCCACGAGAUUGACGAGUGCCGCUUUGACGUGUGCCUUAACGACUGCGUGUGGUAUCUGCGCACCAGCACUGAGGAGGACAAGCACCAGUGGGUCGACGCCAUCCACCAGCACCGGGAAUGUGAUGGUUUGAGGCGACAUGGUUCAGCCCUCUCCCUCACCUCCAACACCCUCUCCACCACCUCAGGCUCCUCCUCAAGAAAGCCAAAGGUAAGGCUGAGGGAGAAACUAGCGGAGAUUGACACCUACCGGGACAUUCUGAUCCGCCAGAUGGACACACUGCAGUCAUACUUUGAUGCCUGUGCUGAUGUUGUCAAGGACCUGAAGACCAUGGAGGCACCCACCUGUAACGGCCUUGAGCCAGAACACGAGAGUGCAGUGGAGGCAGCAAUAGCCUUGGACGGCGGGGCGGCGGCUGAGUCCCCCACACCAUCCCCAUCCCCCUCAGCGGCAAGCCUGGGGCAGCGGAAGCACUCCCCGCCACGCCACCCACACCCCCACCCACACAUCACCAAGGAAACACUACAGAAGCACGGGGCGUAUGCUGCAGACUUCAGAGGAGAGGCGCUGACCUUCAAAGCCACCACUGCCGGCAUCCUGGCCACCCUGAGUCACUGUGUGGAGGUGAUGAACCAGCGGGAGGACUCCUUCAGACGGCGACUGGAGCGUGAGGCAGAGAAGCGGCGGCGGCUGGAGGAGAAGCUGAAGCACGCCCUCUCCCAGAACACACAGGAGGGGCACACUACGGCCAGGGUAGUGGUGGUGGGUGGCCCAGACUAUGAGGAAGGUCCACACAGCGUCAUUGGUGAGGACGAGUUUUAUGAUGCGGUGGAGUCAGCGCUGGACAAGAUGGACGAGGAGGAGGAGUUCCGAGAGCGGCUAAGACAGAAGCAGCGAGCAGCACCCCAACAGCUGGCCACCACACACCCACUCUGGCCCCAGAUUGACAAGCUGACAAUGGAGCAGCUUGGAUACGCCCAGCAGGGUGUGGAGGGCGGAGUAUGGCAGUUGUUUGCUGAGGAGGGCGAGAUGAAGAUGUACCGGAGAGAACUUGAGGAAGGUGGUCUGGUGGUGGACCCCCUCAAGGCCGUCCACCAAGUGCGGGGUGCCACGGCACACGAGAUGGUGCACCACUUCUGGUCCCCAGAUGUCAGAUUUGAGUGGGAUACGAGCAUAGAGCAGAUGACAGUGCUGGACCGGAUAUCCGAGGAUACAUUGAUCUUCCUGCAGCUGCACAAGAGGGUGUGGCCAACUGCCCAGCGCGAUGCUCUCUUCUGGUCACACAUCCGCAAGAUCCCACCCACAGACCCAGCCAACGGAGACGCCUACGACACCUGGAUCGUGUGUAACCAGUCCACUGACCACCCUGACGCCCCGAAAGAUGAGAAGGUGGUUCGGGUGGACUUGACGGUGUGCUUCGUGUGCCAGACCUUCCUGGACCCUCCACCACCUGAAGGGGAGGCACCCACACGGGACAACCUCCUCACCAAGAUCACCUACUGUUCUGUGGUUAACCCCGGUGGAUGGGCGCCAGCUUCGGUGCUGCGGGCGGUGUACAAGCGAGAGUACCCCAAGUUCCUGAAGCGGUUCACCCAGUAUGUGGUGGACAAGUGUGCCGCGCAGCCCAUCAGCUUCUCCGGCCUUCAAAUCAAGGACCACAGCAAGCACUGGAGAGGCUGAGGUGCCCGUGUGUGUGUGUGUGUGUGUGUGUGUGUGUGUGUGUGUGGCAGGCAAGGACCAGUGCAAGCAAGUGGCCAAGGCUGUGAUUAAAGCAACAGUAAAUCAGCAAACCACCAGACUCCAUCAUGGCCAUUGAAGUGUGUGUGUGUGUGUGAGGCCAAGUGCACUGCCAGUAGGGUCUCCAGGGUGUGUGGGUGUGUGGUGUGGCACAGUACAGCGGUGACAGGAGGGAUGCAGGGAGGUGUGUGACCCCAGUGAUGCAAAUCUUGCUAUCUCAUUGAAAUGUAAUGUUCAGAUUCUCAUGUGUACAUUGGCACAAAAUUUUGGAUGGUUACUAUAGGAUCACUUGAUGGAUGUUGAGAGAGAGAGAGAGUGAAAGGAAAGUAGUACAAGAUUUUGGGUGGUUUCUUUAUGAUCAUCUAGAUUUUGUGGGCCAUUAAGUGUCGUGUUUCCAAGGAGACAGAAAGAGCACAAAAUUUUGAAGCAAUCGUUACACGAAUUCGAUUUUAUGGCUGAGUAAAUGCCAGAUGUUGAGAGAGAGAGAGAGAGAGAGAGAUGAAAGAGUCAGUUUUAUGGCUGAGUAAAUGCCAGAUGUUGAGAGAGAGAGAGAGAGAUGAAAGAGUCAGAGAGAGUCAGAUGUUUCAAUUAGAGUAAAGAGUGUACCUGGUGCAUCAGUUGUGGGAUGUGUCUGAUGCCAAAUGCAGUUUAUAGCAAGGUAGGGCAGACAUGUAGGGAGAGAAAGAGAGAGGAGAUAAAGCAGUAAUUCACCAUAAACAACCUAACCAAAACCAGUGCUUGAAAAGAUGCACAAGGAAUCGUGUGUGUGUGUGUGUGUGUGUGUGUGUGUGUGUGUGUGUACAGAUGUUGCUGAAAAUAUGCCAACUCUAUAUCUAUAUAAUAUAUAUAUAUAUAUAUAUAUAUAUAUAUAUAUAUAUAUAUAUAUAUAUAUAUAUAUAUAUAUAUAUAUAUAUAUAUAUAUAUAUACGUAUCUGGAUGACCUUGUAUAAAGCAAGAUACAUACAUGACAAAGUAAACUGUUGCUACCUUCAUCUUGUGUCGGCAUGAGAGAGGCUGAUGAACAGAAGAGUCUUGGGAUGAGAUAUGAUAAUUACUGAUCUUUCCUACUCCUUCCACCAGACAGCCGAGGAAGAGCAGGUGUGUGUGUGUGUGCAUGUGUGUGUGUCACAGGUGUGUCUUGCAGGUGUGUAGUCUUAACGGAGGACCUGAUUUUGCUGUGAUUUUAGCCGUUUCCCCAGGAGGGUGUCCAGGAAGGCAGAGGCCUCGUGCCGUCCCCAAGAAAUGUCCUUGUCUUGUGUUGUUCUUCUUGUUUACUUUCCUUUGUUUUGGAGAAUUUUUCAUGUGUUUAUUCAAUUUUAUUCUGAUCACUUUAGUUUUCAGUUUUUAUAUAUUUAUUCAAUUUGUUUUCAUGAUGUUAGCUCUCAUUUUCUCAUGUUCAUUUUAUUGUUUUCCUAAUUUGUGGUUCUUUUUAAACUAGAUUUUCAUAAUAAAUAUUUUCUUAUCUUUCAUGCUCUUUCCUUCCUUUGUAUAUCUUCUAUACCUCACCUCCUCAACUCCUCACCUGGGCUUUUUCCACUCCCUCACAUCAGCAAGCCUUCUUUACAUAUGCACUUGUGGUUUUCUAGUUCUACAUUUCACAAUGGAUGCAAUAACUUUUUAAUAAUUACCUGAAUAUCUCAUUUGAUGCACCUUGACUUGUUUGACAUUGACACAACCCACUAACAACACCACCAGGAUGUUCUGAAAAUCGGUGUCGUGUUGUAAAUUCUUCCGGAAAGAGAUACUCAAGGUCACAAUGUUAUGAACUAAGGUGUUGGGAUGGACUUUAUUUUCCUCGUGCUUUCAUAUUCUUUCUAUUUUGAAAGCCAUUUUUUUUUUCCAGCACUUUGCACAGCUCUACCUUACUGAAUUUGAAGAAAUAUUUUACAUACAGAGAGUGAGUGAGAUUAUGUAUUUCUAUUCUUUCUAUUACUAAGCUUUUGAUCAUUGUCUUGUUAAUAGGAUAGUCACUACUCAUCUUCAAUGUCAUGGUUGUCACUUUCUGAUAUGGUCAUGGUCACUGGUUUAUAUGAAGUAAGGUUAUGAUUAUUGCUUUAGUGUGGAGACAAGAAUCAUCACCUUAUUCUUAGUUAUGAUUUAUUAUUGCUCUGUUGUGCUUUGUCAUGAAGGCAAGGACCAUUACUUUGUCUUAGUCAUUAUUAUUAUUCUGUUGCCAGAAGAGAAUUGUUUUAAGACUAUGGUGGCUGUUACUUGGUCCUGAAGGGAGGGGGCGUCAUUACUUUACUAGCAAGGUGACGGUCUUUGCUUUGUCACAAGGGUAAGAAUCAUCACUUUGUGAACCAGAUGCAGACAACUUUACUCUUAGGACCUUUGUGCUUGGUGUUAUGAAUACCUCUGUGUAUCGUCUUGAUUCCUUCAUCAGGUGCCUUAUUUCCUUAAGCUGGCUGGGCAGGACUUUCCUCCACGCUCACCCAGUAAACCCUUGGAAAUGUCAGUGUGUGUGUGUGUGUGUGUGUGUGUGUGUAAUUCUAGAAACUCGUAUACUUCCCAGUAGAAGGUUGUCUGAUUCUUAGAAUUUUUACAUAUUCUAUUUUUGUUUGAGAGAGAAAGAGGCUCUGGUACUCCCACAUCUACUCCUAAUGUCCUUUGUGUGUGUGUUUGUGUACAUGUGCAGAUCUUAGCAUUUCCACAUCUGCUGUCUUCAUUGCACUCCUGAUUACAUAUGGCAUUUACUAUAGGAAGAAAUAAUUGUUGCAUGUGAUAUAAGUAACAUAGCAUUCAUCUUUCUGAAGCAUUUCACAGAGGGACAGACAAGGAGAGAAUACAGUCGGACAGGUGUGUGGUGUGGGGCAUUAUCAGUCAUCUCUCUAGUUAAUUUAACCUUCUCACCACUAUUUAACACAUAUUCAUCACAAGCUACCAUAAGACACUGUUCACCACCCAGCUUAAAACAUUACACUGGCUACACCAGAUCAAUCUAUUAAUUCAAUUCUGUUUUCUUUGUUGAGGGUGUUUGUAAGGAUUUUGUACCAAUGGUUUAUGUAUUGUGAAUCAUUGCAUAUCACAGUGACAGGGUGAAAGGUUUACAGGUUAAAAUGAUUUGCAUUAGUACUGAGAAACCUCACCAAGUAUCAGCCAAGAGACACAGGGUCAGUCAGUGUU